UUCUGAAAUCGCAAAUUUAUGGUUUGGAAGUCACAGUUUAACGCUAUGACGUGCAAACUAUCAUAUAUUAAAGUCUUUGAUUUGCGUCCCAGCUAAGCGUCGAUAUCCUUUGACUCGUGUCGUGUUUUAUGCUAGAAAAGUAUUCAGAGCGUUUAUGUACAUUAUGUCAUUGUAGUUAAAACGUGUCUACAUCACAUGCAGCGACCUGUUAAAUUCUUGGAAGUGAAGGGGUUACACCAGAGCUUUGCCUGUUUAAGGCUUAAAGUAAAACAUAGCUGCCUACUAGACGGAACAGGCACCGCAAAAGGUGAAACAGUGACUGAACAAUGGCCUUAACAUCGCACCAUGUUACAUGCACAGCCAAAUCCAGCAUCUCAUCAAGAUUAAUCGUUUCAGUUGUAUAUGUGAUAUCUGUUGUGACGGAGCUGUCGUCUGCUGUCCGCGUGCCGCGAAGAACUGGAGACCAGCCGACCGUGGGGAACUGUUUGUCGUUUAACUUUGGAGGAGUGAGUCGUCUUCAUUGGUAUAGCUGCUGUAAUAACUGCAUAGGUGACAAGAACAGUACGUGUCCCAGCACAUACCAGUCGGCAUCAAAUAACAAAUACUGUGAUAGCUGUGGGCGAGAUACUAAAGGAGGAAACGGUGACGCGCGAAACCGUGGUAAACAGUUCAGUUGUGGUGGAUGUCAAGGCCAAGGCAUUGUGGAUAAGAAAUGUCGGGAAUGGUGGAAAGAGAUUCCAGGGUUUUGCUGGGCAUAUACACUUUGCUUUGUUAAACAAUGUGAAGGUAAAUACAAGAACUGUGGAAACAGAAAGUGUGACAAAGGAGAGACAAAGGAAAACUGUCCGAUAGACUGCUUUGACAAACCUUGUUGUGGCGAGGCCACGUGCUGUUUCAAUAAUACCUCGAGUGGGCAGACAUUGUUCUUACCUGACUUAAAACUCUUUACAACUGUGGUGGUGUUAGCAUUCAUUUACAAUGAACACUUUAUGUAGAAAUUAUUUCAUUAUUGAAAUGUUGUUUUAAUAUUAUCGUGCAGACACACUGCAUAUGUAUUAUAUUUCAUUAGAAUAGACAGGUAGUGUUCCUUAGACAAUGUAAAUCCUUUGGUAGAGACGCUCUUAUUACAAUCUACGGGCCCAAAAAGGUCAUUCUAAAGAACCCUGUCUUUGGUAACUAAUACACGAUUUCAAAGAUGACUGCCAUGAUUACCAUAUUAGGGUAAUUGUAACAUGGGUGUGGAUUAUGUUAUGGACCUUGCCCUAGUUAUGGGUUCUGUAGUAGAAUCUAUUAAGAAAGAACAGUGAUUGUACAAGAUCUCAAAUGUUGAAUUGUAUAAAAUAACGUCAUUACUGUGGUGUGUUAUACAAUGAUACUUUAACACUUAUCAUUCUAUAUAAUGAAAAAACACAGUGAUUCAUGAUGAUAUCUGGAGCCAUUUAAUCAGUUCGAUGGACAUGAAUUUCACUUCAUACCUGUAUAAUUUCUCAGAUCUUUAGUUGACUAAUGACUAUGACAUGUCUAAUGAAGAUGUAGAAUGUUUCAAUUUAGCAAAUUUAAGAUUUUUGUAUGAAAUACUCAAACAAU